AUGAAUCAGGUUAUGGCGCCCACGGACGAGUCGUUCGAGGUGCUGUUGCGGCAGCUCGGCAACGGUCGGCGGUUGCCCAUUGAAACCUUCUACCGCCUGCCUGAGCUCCCGGACAUCUUGCAGUACCACGUCAUUCCGGGCAUGUACACCACAGUUGAGAUCAUCCCCUUCAACGACCCCUGCAUGACGGAGGGGUCUAUGAUGCUCCAUGACAACUGCGUGGACAAACCCACCCCGGACAAUUACACUUGCGAGGACCAGAAGAAGUUCGAGAAGUGCUUCUUUCCUUUCAUGACCUCGGCUCUGGCGGCCCAGUGGCAGGGCGGCUUCUGCCAGCGCACGUGCGAGCGAUGCAGCUGCGCCGCGGACAGCGGCAUUCAAUGCAGCAAGCUCGUGGAGUCGGACCUCAUUGGGUCCAACGGUGUGGCGCACUCCGUGAACCGCGUGCUGUUCCCGCCUCCUGUGUUUUCCAAGGCCGACUACGCCAACUUGACGAGCAUUGAGAUUACGGCCACGACUCCCAUCCCGGGUCCGCUGCCGGGGAUUAGCGCCGCCCCAGCCCCAGCGGGCUCCUUCGCCGCCGCGGCGACAGCCCUGGCCGGUACGGCACUGCCAACGGCGUUGCCGGCGACGGCGACGAACGGGAACUCCGCGGCAGCGGCAGCGGCCGGCCCCGCCAACGCGUCGUCCGCUGCCGCCAACCCCGCCAACCCCGCUGCUGCAGCCAACCCCGCCGCCGACACAGCCGCGGUGACCGCGGUGCCGCAGAGGAAGAAAUGA